AUGUCUGUGGAAUUUAAAACUUACAUAGAUCAGGCAUGUAGAGCUGCUGAGGAAUUCACCAAUAUUUACUAUGAGACGAUGGACAGGAGAAGGCAUGCUCUUGCCAGGCUGUAUCUGGACAAGGCCACUUUGAUCUGGAAUGGGAAUGUUGUUAAAGGGCUGGAAGCCCUAAAUAAUUUCUUUGAGAUGUUGCCUUCUAGUGACUUCCAGGUCAAUAUGUUAGCUUGCCAGCCAGUUCAUGAGCAAGCUACCCAGGCCCAGAGUACAGUUCUUGUUGUGACCUAUGGAACUGUGAAAUUUGAUGGAAACAAGCAACACUACUUCAAUCAGAACUUCCUCCUGACUGCUCAGACCAACCUUGGCAGCCCCGUGUGGAAGAUUGCAAGCGACUGCUUCCGUUUUCAAGAGUGGGCUACUUACUGA